AUGGAUCUAUUUGAUGAACCUGAGAAAGCAACUCACUCUGAAGCCACGAAAGCAGACAACAAGAUUGAUCACCUUAAGAAGAUCGUCGAAGAUGCAGCCAAACGAAUGGGAGCAGAAGAACCAGUUCGAAAAGAACCUCCCCAGAGCGGUACUUCGGUCGCGGGGGAGAAUCUAUCCUCUUCAAAUGAGCAUGACUCACAUAUUCAGGGGGAGAAUCCAAUUUUUGACGCACCCAAAAGCCCCUCUGCACCCAAAAGUCCUGUUGCACCCGAAAGCCCCUCUGCAACCGAAAGUCCUGUUGCACCCGAAAGCCCCUAUGCACCCGAAAGUCCAGUAACAACCGAAAGUCUGGAUCAACCCGCAAGCCCUGUUGAAGAAAGAUUUAUUGGCUCAUCAUCUAUCGAGGGGGAGAAUUCUGAUAUGCUCUAUGACGAUGACAUUCAAUCAGAUUUGGAAGAAAUGGCGAUUGUUGAGGAGCGCCUGACAAAGUUGCAAGAAGAUCUCGCUUCAGAAAACUCUGUGAUGGAUGCUCUUGCUCGCAAAACCACUGCUCUAAAGGUAAAGAGUCUUCAACUUUUCCAAUCAAAAAAGGAGGUUGCGUCUCUCCGAUCAGAGCAAGCGGUCAUUUCCACGUGUGUUUCGGAUGUCCACGCCGCCCUCUCCGACAUCAUUGAAGCGCAUGAUCCUAUCCUGAACUAUUCUGUGAGGCACACUCUAGCUGAGAAGCUUGCUCCCGCUCUUGACCUACUCAGCAAAAUUGAAGGGCUUCCUGAGUUUGUGGCCCAUCCAAAAUAA